GGCGGGGCGCAGAGGGGAACUGUCAGGCUACAGAGGGAGGGGUUUUUCGUUGCCGGCCCUAGGCCCUGGCCUUGGAGAAGGAGACCGCCCGACACCGAUAACCCUCCGUCCUCAUGGGGGGUGCCUGAGUGCGUUUUUUCCUUCCCCUUUCUACGGGCUGGUUUGCCCUGGAGCCCAGCAGAGAUGACAGAAUACAAACUGGUAGUAGUGGGUGCUGGUGGUGUUGGAAAGAGUGCAUUAACCAUACAGUUAAUCCAGAAUCAUUUUGUGGAUGAAUAUGAUCCCACUAUAGAGGACUCCUACCGGAAGCAGGUGGUUAUCGAUGGAGAGACAUGCCUUUUAGACAUCCUGGACACAGCUGGGCAAGAAGAAUACAGUGCCAUGCGUGAUCAGUAUAUGAGGACGGGAGAAGGCUUCCUAUGUGUCUUUGCUAUCAACAAUACAAAGUCUUUUGAAGAUGUUCACCACUAUAGGGAACAGAUCAAUCGUGUGAAGGACUCUGAUGAUGUUCCCAUGGUCCUUGUUGGCAAUAAGUGUGACCUGCCUUCUCGGACAGUGGAUACUAAACAAGCUCAGGAGCUUGCAAGAAGCUAUGGAAUCCCCUUUGUAGAGACUUCUGCCAAAACCAGACAGGGAGUGGAAGAUGCCUUCUAUACCCUGGUGCGAGAAAUUCGAAAGCACAAAGAAAAGAUCAGCAAUGGACGCAAGAAGAAAUCUUCUAAAAGAAAGUGUAUUAUCCUCUAAAAGAGACAUUAUUGCACUGCUGGAAGUGUGAAAAAAACCUUUGAGUUUGGGUAUUUUCCCAGCCUGCAAGAUAAAUUCUGAUGGCCUUGUCCCCUCAUCCUUUUCAGCUGGAAAGCAAAGGUGGUGGUGUUCUUCAAAUGUCAGUUAUUUUGCUACUUUUAAAACGUGGACAUUACAACCAAUAUUAAUAACCACAUUUGAUAGUCUUGUUGCUUCUCUGCAAUUUAAAAAAAAAAAAU